AUGACAGCCCUCGCCAAGCAGUCCAAUGAUCUUCAGGAAUUUGUACAGAAAUAUGGUUUGGAUAAACGAUCAAUGAAAUGGGUAAAACUAGAUGCUGCAUCCGAUGACAACAUGCCAUUCCAAAAGCUUUCAGAGGAAGAAAUAAGAGAUCUUACCAUCGGUGUUUACCAGCUGAAAACCGCAAAAUCCUAUUCAGCAGAACAUUUUACGGAACAGGGUUUGUUUGAGGUCCUUGUCAGCGAUGGGAUUUCAAAUAUAAUAAGUGCCAAAAUUCAAAGUCGCCAAAUAAGUGCAAAAAAGUAUGCUCUGUGGGUGAAAUAUAAUGAUGUAACAAUUUCAGCGUGGUAUUGCUCUUGCAAAAAUGGUGCCCGCGUUGUCGGGAUGUGUGGACACAUUGCUUGUAUUGUAUGGUAUUUAUCGUUUGGAAGGUAUCAAAGAUCUAUUUCCGGUGUCAGAGACUGGACGGACACUGUUGAGGAUGCUGCUAGAGAGGUGGACUUUCCUGAUAGCGACAGUGACGACGAUUGUGUCAGUAAUCAAGAAGAAUGAGUGAUUUCUGCAGAUAAAUUUAACAAAAUAAAAUUGGAC